GUGGCAUUUGAGUCCUCCGGUAUCCCAGCAGGCAAUGCAGCCUAGAGAUGCUGACAAAGGACUGGAGGGAGCAGUCGCAGCUGCUUUCCGAGGACCCGGUGUUGCCGAGAUUGCCAAAAUGCUUUGGAGUUUUUAAGUGAUUUUAAGAAAAGCCCAAAAUAGAUUUGAGACUGUAAAAACUGAAGCCGCAGCAAGGGGGAUUCAGUGCCAAUGCAUCAACAAAAAAGACAGCCAGAGUUAGUGGAAGGAAAUCUUCCUGUCUUUGUGUUUCCCACAGAGCUGAUAUUUUACGCAGAUGACCAGUCAACACAUAAGCAAGUGUUGACGCUGUAUAAUCCCUAUGAGUUUGCCUUAAAGUUCAAAGUUUUGUGUACUACUCCAAAUAAGUAUGUUGUCGCUGACGCUGCAGGUGCAGUAAAGCCUCAGUGUUGUGUGGAUAUUGUGAUUCGUCAUAGAGAUGUUCGAUCCUGUCACUAUGGUGUGAUAGACAAAUUCCGUCUCCAAGUUUCCGAGCAAAGCCAGAGGAAGGCUUUAGGAAGGAAAGAGGUCGUGGCUACUCUUCUCCCGUCGGCAAAAGAACAACAAAAGGAAGAAGAGGAAAAAAGAAUAAAGGAACAUUUAACUGAAAGUUUAUUUUUUGAGCAGUCGUUUCAACCAGAAAACAGAACUGUCUCCUCAGGACCUAGUUUACUAACUGUCUUCCUGGGAGUGGUGUGUAUUGCAGCUCUGAUGCUUCCCACGCUGGGGGAUGUGGAAUCGCUGGUGCCUCUCUACCUCCACUUAAGUGUCAAUCAAAAAUUAGUGGCUGCUUAUAUCUUAGGUCUUAUCACAAUGGCUAUACUUAGAACAUGAGCAAGGAACUCACUUGACUUCUGAAGUAAAUUUAUCUUGAAAAUAUGAAUGUGGACUGCCUUUUCUCUCUAUUUCACCCCAUUAACAUGCUACAAACUAUUGAUUGAUUUACAAUCAUUGCAAAUGUAUAAUAUAUAUUUUAAAUUACUCUAUAAUUUUAUUCCAAGGACUCCAGCACAUUAUGUUACAGACAGCAAGGAAGCUUCUGAGUGACACUUAGGAAAUUUUUUGAAGAAAUUCUUUUUAUAUCUAAGCCUACCGUGCAAAAGACUUUAAUUAAGACAUUUGUUAUUUUCUCAUCUUUUUUCUAAUUCACUUUGAUUGUUGAGAUCAUGUGUCCUUCAAAGUUAAAGGCCUAAAAGAGCAAACUGACCAGCCUGAAAAUAAAAUUACAUUUAUUUCCUA